CAGGUUAUCCCGAGCCUCAGUUGUGGUAAGAGGGGAAUGCGGCAUUCCCGUCUGCAAGAUAAGACGGAGCUGGAACAGGCCUUAACUUGUAGCCAACCGUGUUAGCAGUUUGGGCUGCACUGCCGAUCUGUUUCCCCAUCAGUUGCUCCAUCAAUCCCACCUCUCAAAGUACUGACAUUUUCUGUAGAUAAUCAGGCCUCCCCUCAUCCUACUCCUACUCCUAUCCCGCCAAAUCGUGCAGAUCGAGAUUCGACUUCUCAACUAUUGACGGCGGAGGGCUCAUGAAAGUAGGCUAGCGUCAUCAUUAGGACUGCGCACUGCCGAAAUGGAAGCCCUAGCUGCAGUCGGGCUGGUCAGCAACGCCCUCCAAUUCGUCAGCAUAGGAUAUAGAGUAUUAUCCGCAUCAAAGGAUAUGCAUGGAGCCGGAAAUGAAUCGAGCCAGUCAAACAAGGACGUCGAGUUUAUCACCAGGGAGAUGGAACGCCUAAGUCUAAGCUUGGAAGAAGAAUUCCCGACGCUAUGGAUGACAGAUGAGGAAGAGGCUCUACGGAGACUGAUCGCGGAGUGCAGAAGAUGGUCUAACGAUAUGCUGGCAUUACUCGACCGCCUGAAAACCGAAAAUCCCAACAGCAGGUUCGAAGCAUUCAGAGCAGCUUUAGGAACCACAGGAUGAGGCACGAGAGGGAUCGACUUGAAGGAGGCCUCAACAGUUGUCGGGAACAGCUCGAUCUCCAGAUAGCGAGUAUGUCUAGGUACAUAGGUCAGAUAUCAUUAACCUAGAGGGCUUCAGGAAUUGAUCACGACAGCAAGUUCAACUAACCAGGAUCUGACGAACAUAAAAACAUGCUAUAGAAUCAUUCCGGCAACUGUUACCAGGACGGAUUGCCAAUAUCG